AUGAGUGAUACACAGAAGAAAUUAGUGCAUGAAAUAGGACUAGGGUCGUUGUUGGAUAUAGAACUUCCUCAGCUUGACAAACAAUUCAGCCAUUGGGUUUUAGAUAGCUUUGAAGUCAGUAGUUAUAGUUUUGAGCUGCCUAAAGGUGAGAAAAUUGAAAUUGAGGUGGAGGAUGUGAGAAUUGUAUAUGGUUUGCCAAUGGGAGACAUUCCCAUUGUUGAAGCCAAAUCAGACAGAGCAAGUGAAGAUUUUGGUGUAUUUAUAAAAAAUUGGAGGUCAAAAUGGCAAGGCAAAACACCAUCUGUAAACCAAAUUAUUGCUCAAUAUACAAGUGAUAAAUUUAAAAACCAAAGGCCAGCAGAAGAAGAUUUUCUCACCAACUUUUUGGUAGUUGCUGUGAAUUGUUUGAUGAAGUGUAUUUCAAACAACCAAUGCCAUUUCAAGUUUCUGUUUUCUAUGAUGGACAAAGAAAAAAUAAAAAACUUGAAUUGGUGUCAGUACGUGUUUGACUCUCUCAUCAGUUUCCAUGUGACAUGGAGAAAGAGUGGAGGAAAAGGAUUCUACAAUGGACCACUGCAAUUUCUGAUGCUGUUCUACUUUGACAGAGUUCAAAGAUUGAACAAAAAACAACCAAGAACAAUUCCAAUAAUUUCUUGUUGGAAAAGGGAUAUGUCACUUGAAAGGAUAAAAACAGAAAAUGAUUUGAACUAUGGAUAUGGAAAAGUCCUUCCAAGAAUAGAAGAAAAGCCUGCAGACAAUCCUAAGGUACAAAAUGAUCAUUUAUAA